AGGAAACGGCCAGUGCUUCACCAGCUGUCGAGGCCGAAUGGUUGGCCUCGUCAACCCCUUCGUCUGACCGCGUUUUCUCCUCUCUCGCUCUCACUCUCUCUCUCCCACUUUCUCGCUCGUUCUCUCUCUCUCUCUCUCUAUUCGUUCUCCUCUCCUCCACCACCCUCUCGAUCCGUCGGCCUCGUGGACCUCGUCUGUCGAGGAAGGUGGAAUUAUAAGGUGGAAGGAAGUGGGUUCGAUAACAAGGAUUUAACAACAGCAGGGAGGAAAGAUGAGACGCAUCGGCAUCCUCGUCGUUUGCCUAUUGGUCGUGCUCGGUUUUUACGGUAUAAACGCGAUGCAAUGUUAUCUCUGCAACAGUCACAACGACAGCCGAUGCGCCGACGAGAAUCCACCGGACGCGUUGAAAAAAGAUUGCUCCGAUCUGAAGAACGGCGCAAAGUACACCAUGUGCCGAAAGAUCACGCAAGUCAUCGAGUUCAGCGUUAAUGGACUUCCACCCGACACGAGAGUGAUAAGGGGCUGCGGAUGGGACGAGUCGAAUUACAAGGGGAAAUGUUACCAGAGGAGCGGUUUCGGUGGCCGCCAAGAGGUUUGCUCGUGUCUGACAGACUUUUGCAACACGGGUACACCGAGCGUUCUACCGCCAACGUCGUUGAUCGCCUCGUGCGUCGCCGCCAGUGUCCUUCUAGCGUACAUGCGUAAUAAUUAAUUUCUUCGAAAGUAAAAAGAAAAGAAAAGAAAAGAUAAAAAAAAAAAAAAAGAAAAUAGAGAAAGUAUCGACGUACUCUUUCGACUCGGUCGACGACGAAGAUCAACGUUCCGCGAUUUCGAGAUCGUUAGUAUUCGAGUAUCGUAUAUAUAAGUAAGAAAGAUGUGUAAACAAGGGGAAACGGAACUGACGAUCUCGAAAACGAGAAAUUUGAAUUUUACGCAAAAAAAAAAAUUCUAGAAACACUGUGCAAUGGCUUCCUCUCCAUCGGGUUCGAGAAAUUAAAAAAAAAAAAAAUAUCGUAGGUUUAGAUGAGAUUAUGCGUAUACGUAUACAAUGCUGUUUCCGAUCGCCUGUUUCGAACGAAAGGGGAAAGAUCGCUUUUUAACGGAAAGAAACGAAAUAAAACGAUGUUAAAAGAUG